CCCGAGAUAGCUGAGGUAGCUACCUAGCUUUGUUGACUGACCGUGUGCCUUUCAAAAAGGGGCUCCCUCCCCCCAGCCAUUGCCAUCGCCAUGUACCAAUCGACCACCGUAGCGUCAUAUUUCACCACGCUAGGAUAUCUUGUGCCCAUCAUCUCUGUUAUCGCCCUGCCCAUCCUGCCUAGGGGCAAGUUCCUUAUGAACUUGCUUCUCAGCGUCCUCGGCGUUUGCUUGGGGUCCGCCGUAGCACUGCUGAUGCUCUGGUCUUCCAUCAAGGCUCGAGAGCAUACCACGCCGCCAGGCUCAACCAAGAUAUACAACUCGAGCCAAUCAGCCGUCUGUGCGGUCUGGUUGUUUGCCAACAUCUACUUCAUCAACGUCGUUCGUGCCAAGCUACCGAGUCUCAAUAUUCCCGUCAUAAUCUACAGCAUCUUGGUUAAUAUUGCCGCAACCUUUGGCCCACUCAUGAGGACCGUUGCCGCCGCCGAAGCUUUUGUCCAGCAACUCCUCACGGCCAUGCUAGCCGCCUUCGCCCUCGCCGCCGGUGUCAACCUCAUUGUCUUCCCCAUUAGCACCCGUCUUGUGGUGUUCAAGGAGUUUGCCGGCCUCGUCGGCCUUCUCAGGCGCACCGUCUCACUGCAAAAGGCCUACUUGGUCAGCAUAGAGUCCGAGGACAUGUUUGCUGCCGUCACUCGCACCCAGACAUUACUAGCCGCCGAAGCAAAAAAGAGACACGGUGGACCAGACAAGCCCAAGCUGACAAAGGAGGCCAAAGCCGCGGCAGCGUUACGGGGGACAAGCGCCUCGUUGAGGGAGCUUUCUGGCAAGCUGCACGCGGAUAUGCCCUUUGCCAAACGCGAUUUUGCUCGAGGGAAGCUUGAUGCCGACGAUCUUGGGGAACUAUUCAUGCUCUUCCGCAAUGUUUACAUUCCUGUCAUGGGCAUUUCGACAAUCAUCGACAUAUUCAAGCGAGUGUCGGAGCGUCGCAAAUGGCAGGUUGGCGACGAUGCCCCCGAGGAGGUCAUUGCCGAGAAGAACAUUGAGAAGCGUGUUUGGAACGAAGUCAUGAGGCAGAUGCACGAGCCCUUUGAGAUCCUGUCCGAGGCCAUCGAUCAGGGACUCGAGCAUGCAGCGCUCUGCCUCGAGCUGAUUCCCCGACCGAAAAAUGAUGCUGCACACUCAAGCACAGCCCAGAACCCGGCAGAUGAGGACGUUGAGGCUAGGGGACAAGAGAUCAAGCCUGGUACCCCCGAUUUUGCCAAACUGCUAGACGAAAAAGUCAAGGCCUUCUACUCCAAGAAAGGCGAGCUGUUACGAACAUGGGUAAAGCAAAGAGAUAUAGCCAUCGACGAAGAGUACAGCGGCGACCCGCAACACGAAGCCUCCGCCGAACGGAAAGAGCGGUCCCAGGCGCAGCUUUAUAUCGUGCUCUACAUGGAGAACUUGAUGCAUGCCUCGGGCGAGGCAGUCCAGAAUCUCGUCGCGUUUGCCGACAAGAAGGUCAAAGACGGCACCAUGUCGAAGAAACGCUUCAUCCUGCCCACGUCUCGCCGCUUACGCAAGUGGCUCCUCGGGGCGUUCAGCACCGAAGACUCGUCAGCCGAGCAGUCGCCUGACCUCAUGGAAACCAGCGCCACCAUUGUCUCUUUCGGUGACGGGUACAACCGCAAGAAGGACCCAGAGCACUUGGAUCCUGCCACGGCAUGGCAGCGUUUUGGCAACGGUCUCCGCAAAGUCCCGGCUUUUUUCGGCUCCGAGGAGUCUGGAUUUGGCUUCAGAGUUGCGUGCGCAACCAUGACCAUAGCUAUCGUGGCAUUUUUGGAAGACACGCAGGUCUUCUUCAUGGAGCAGAGGCUUGUCUGGGCCAUGAUUAUCAUUGCCAUUGGCAUGACUAUGACUUCGGGCCAGUCUGUCUUCAGUUUUCUUUGCCGGGUCGCGGGAACCGUCAUUGCAAUGGUGUUGUCUCUCGUUGUCUGGUAUAUAGUGGAUGAGAACGUCCCUGGCAUCAUUGUGUUUCUGUGGCUCUCACUGUUCAUCUGCUACUAUUUCUUCCUCAAGUUCCCAAACUUCAUUCCUGCCAUUCUUAUUGCAAUGGUCACACAAGUCCUCAUCAUAGGCUACGAACUCCAAGUGCUCAAGAUCGGCGAGGCAGCGUCUGAGCGGACUGGGCAGCCAGUAUACAAGAUAUACUUGCUGGGGCCUUAUCGACUUGCCAAUGUGGCAGGCGGCAGCUUGGUGGCAUUCUUCUGGACCAUCUUCCCCUCCCCUCUCACGGAUCGGACCUGGCUCCGCCGCGACCUAGCUGCCACCCUAUACCUAGUCGCCAACUACUUCGGUGUCAUCAGUUCAACAAUACGGUCAAACGUGGACGGUUCGGGGGGUGACGUGAGCAUCCCAGGGACCCCAGCGCAUCAGCUAUUCAAGGCCGGCCGCAAAAUAUUCGGCAAAAUCAUGCUGCUGGUCCCGUCCAUGAGCCAGCACUCGGAGUGGCAGAAGUGGGAGCCGACCAUCGGCGGAAAGUUCCCACGAGCGGCAUACGACGAGAUUAUCCUCCGGAGCACCCGCAUAAUGGGUUACCUGACUCUCAUGAGCUACACGCUGACGCACCCCACUCUGGAGGAGCCAAAGUCCUCAGGCAAGGACGCCAACAGGGAGACGACAGAAACCGAGGAUGGCCAGGACAGGCAGGCAAAGUCGAGACAGCUAAGCAGCCGCAACGGGCCUGCCUCGGACGCCGCAUCUAUCUCGAGCGAGAGCAAAGAAUGGCUCGACGCCCUCGCCGAGGUCCUCUCCGCGCUUGAGCCCGCCCACCACACAAUCCUGUCCACCCUGACGCUGCUGUCCAACUCGCUCCUCUCGGGCCAACGGCUACCGCCCUUCCUGCCCCUCCCGCGGCCGUACGAGAUGACGCGCCGUCUCGUCAACCUGGGCCAGCCUGAGUCUUUCGAGAGGGAAUCCGCCGCCUACGACGACACGCUGAAGCUCGGCGAGCUGGGGCCGAGCGGCUCGAGGCAGACGGCCAGCGGCAACACGGUCGCCAGCCUCCUCGACCCGCGCAACAUGGAGCAGCCCGGAUAUGCCGAGUUCGCCGUCCUCCAGGUGUGCAACACGCUUGUGUGCGACGACCUCGAGGGGCUCAUGAAGGCCGUGGCGGGGCUUGUGGGCGUCGUCGACUUCAGUUUCCGCGUCGCCGGGAGCGAAUCGACUCUUGGGUCGUCGGGUGGUGGGACCAAGGUCAGCGGCGGCGAGGCUCUCAGGAAGAUCUUUUCGAAGCCACUAGCCAGUAAUGGGGAUAAGGGGAAGGGGAAGGUUGAUUGAUUGAGCGGGCGCGUCGGAGGGUUUGUUUCCGGAGUAAAAAAGGGUUUGGGAAGCAUUGCUUUUAUUAUGCUGGUCUUCAUUUAUUGACGACUCCCAAGAAGCGCAUUUCCACGGGCUAUAAUGAUGGCAAACUAGAGCAGUUACAGCAAGGACUUAUACCCACUGCCCUUCUUCAGAGUAGUUAGAAGCACCGCGGUGUAAGGUUCAAAGUCAUAAUGCCAAGAGUCACC